UGUCUGCCUACACUAUAUAAAGCAGCAGACGUGGACUAACAGACACUCACUGAGAGAAGACCAUGAGAGCUGCAGCCAUCUCCAUGCCAAGGCUGGACAAAAUUCCAGGAAUGUUCUUCUCUGCUAGCCCAAAGGAUUUGAAAGAACCUAGCCAUUCACUUCUAGAUGACAAAACGCAGAAAAAGAAGCCAAAGACUUUUGGGAUGGACGUGAAAGCAUACCUGAGAUCUAUGAUCCCUCAGCUGGAAUCUGGGAUGAAACUGUCCAAGUCCAAAGACACACUUUCUGCUGAGGAAGUAAUGCAGUGGUCUCAAUCUCUGGAAAAACUUCUUGCCAAUCAGACUGGUCAAAGUGUCUUUGGAAAUUUUCUAAAGUCUGAAUUCAGUGAAGAGAAUAUUGAGUUCUGGUUGGCUUGUGAAGACUAUAAGAAAACAGAAUCUGAGCUUUUGAGUAGCAAAGCAGAGAACAUAUACAAAGCAUUUGUGCAUUCAGAUGCUGCAAAACAAAUCAAUAUUGACUUCCGUACUCGAGAAUCUACAGCCAAGAAGAUCAAAGCACCAACCCCCACAUCUUUUGAUGAAGCACAAAAAGUCAUAUACACACUUAUGGAAAAGGACUCUUAUCCCAGAUUCCUGAAAUCAAAUAUUUACUUGAAUCUUCUAAAUGACCUUCAGGCUAAUAGCUUAAAGUGAGUGGUUCCUGGCUGAUAGGAAUUAAAAGAUAGUAUCAAGGACAGAAGGAAAAUGCCAGUGGCAUGGCCUGCAUGAUCACCUUGGCCUGCUUGGGUGACUCAGCAGGCCCAGUGGAAAGACAAGUGACUCGGAGGGGAUUAACAUGGAAGUUAUCCAGGUAGAGACUCAGAAGCAUCAGCAAGGAGAGCAUGGAGAGACAAAGGGGAGGAGACACUGUCGUGAAAUACAGUGGGACUCUAUUAGAACACCCUGAGAACUGCAAGGUCAGCUGACUGGCAAGACAGAAAUUAUGAACUAUUUGUAAGAGACGGAUUACAAUGAGCUAUAAGCUUCAGGGGCAGCGGACAUGUAUGCUCCAUGUUAUGUAGAUUGUGUUGAACUCUUGCAAUCUCCUUCCUGUGCAUGGUCAGGCCAAAGUAGGUGCUGUAAAUAACAGUUGCUAUCAUUGACACAAAGAAUUUUGUUAUUUGCUUAUUUAAUUGUAUUUGACUUGGAGUUGAGGAAGAGAAUUGUGUAUUUAACCUAAGCUAUUUUUCUUAAAACUACGAAGUCGUAACACAUUUGUAAAUUAAAUUAUCACAGUGUCAAAAAUAAAUGUGAGCCUUAUAUUAAAAUAU